UGAGACUGUUCACAGGCACUUGGAAUCUGCGAGUGGGAGCGUCAUGCGUCAAGAUGUGCGUGUCCGUGGGACUUUAACAUGUGGAAAUUAAGGAAUUAACGGCGGACCAGUGGUAUUCUUACCAAGAAACUACAGAGUCAUACUUUUACUCCCGGUAAAAGGUCGUCGGAAGACAAGAAAUUGGCCGAUUCGUUCCAAAGGCCUGAGUGCCAUGCCAGAGGGGUCCCAUUCUGUUCUCCACCAGGGCCCAAUGGGGGAAGAAUAUCCUCGGUUACCUUCACCCCUCUCCGCUGGAGAACAUGAACAAACAAACGCAGACUUGGAUCCAGACUGUUACAACCAACUAUGUGUGGAGCCAUUGGAUGGCGAGGGGAAACGUCCAGUAAGUCUAGUGUCCACCUUGUCUUCUGGGUCAUCCCGUGACAGUCACAGCCUUUUUGGGAGCACAGUUACCCUUCCUUCCUCCUGCACCCCACCCAUACCAAGCGAGGAGGACAUCAACUUGGAGCUGAGCCCGGCCGAAAGCACAGUAGAGCAGAGAAGAGACCAGAGUCCUGGCCUCGCAGGGUCCAGCGGACUAUGGAAGCCGCACCUGAUCGGCAACCAGUGGAAUAACAAUAACGCCACCUUCAACAGGCAGGCAAGUGCAGAGAUCCUUCACAUCCCCACAUCGCCUGUCAUCACUGACACAAUGGCGCCAAACCCAAAACUGACCCAUGUGGACCGAGUUGUCAUGGAGAUCAUCGAGACUGAGCGCAUGUACGUCAAAGAUCUGCGAAGCAUUGUAGAGGACUAUUUGGCUUACAUUAUUGAUAUGAGCAACCUUCCCAUACGUCCAGAACAAGUGUGCGCUCUGUUUGGAAAUAUUGAGGAUAUUUAUGAAUUCAACAGUGAGUUGUUGCAGUCUUUGGACAUGUGUGAGAAUGACCCUGUGGCCAUCGCCCAAUGCUUUGUAGAUAAGAGUGAAUAUUUUGAAAUCUACACCCAAUAUUGCACCAACUAUCCAAAUUCAGUAGCAGCACUAACUGACUGCAUGAGAAGCAAAACCUUGGCACAGUUCUUCAAGGAUCGUCAGGCUGCUCUGAAGCGUUCUCUCCCUUUGGGUUCUUUCCUUCUUAAGCCAGUGCAGAGGAUCCUCAAAUAUCACCUUCUGCUUCAGGAAAUUGCAAAGCACUUUGGCCCAGACGAGAAGGGGUAUGAGGUGGUCCAGGAGGCCAUAGACACCAUGACGGGGGUGGCCUGGUACAUCAACGACAUGAAGAGGAAACACGAACAUGCAGUCAGAGUGCAGGAGAUCCAGUCUCUUUUGAUAAACUGGAAGGGUCCUGAUCUGACCACUUAUGGCGAGCUGGUGCUGGAGGGCACCUUUCACGUCCUGCGGGCAAAGAACAGUCGUACACUCUUCCUGUUUGAAAAGAUGCUACUCGUUACCAAAAGAAGAGGAGAGCACUAUGUCUACAAAACACAUAUCUCAUGUUCCACCUUGAUGCUGCUUGACAGUGCAAAGGAUCCCCUGCUCUUCAGUGUCAUUCAUUUCAAGCAUCCCAGGCAGCCCCAUACAGUGCAGGCAAAAUCUGUAGAAGAGAAGCGUCUCUGGGCCCAUCACAUCAAGAGGCUCAUUCUCGAGAACCACAAAGCCAUUGUUCCACCAAAGGCAAAAGAAGCAAUCGUGGACACUUCUAAUUGUCUUGGGAAGUACCACUGUAGUCCAGAGAGGGUGAAGAGAGCAGAUUCCUACCAAUCAGAUGACUUCCAUCUUGCAGGAUGGACUGGGAGGAGGAGAUCUGAACCUGCUAAACAAAUCAGAAAAAGUACCAAAGAUGUUAUGAAGCAUGCAGAGAGCGAGGGCGCCCUGCUGGGGGACAGGCAGCCGCCUCGGCCUGCCCCAAGUGUCAAGACACAGGCCUCCAGUCUAGACGAGCCCCAGGGUGAGAAGCCCACUGUGGAGGACACUCUCCAGCAGCUAAGUUCUACCACCGCUAAACUGAGUUCCUCGCCUUGUGAGGGGCGUCCGAAGCUGCCGAUGACGGAACAGGCAACACAGGAGGAUGAGGAGGGAGAGAGUUACAAGGAGGAUUUACUGAUGGGGGACGACCAGGUAGCCGACUUUGCCAGCUCUGUGCUGGCAGCCAUCUCCUGCUGGCACUAUAGAGCCAGGGCUUUGCUUUCUUCUCACUUCACAACGGAUGAUGCAGUAAGCGAUGACGCUCAGCUGACCGAUACGCCGAGAAAGGAGACUCGAGAAACUCUUAGCCAUGGAGAAGAGCAGAUGGAUAUGGCUGAGACCAGACAGGCCCAUUUGGACGAUCUGCAUCCUUCAGACCGGGUUCCUCAAGCAGAGAACACUCAUCGACUGCCCGAGUCACCGGUCUGCCUCUCUCCAGUGCAAGAGGCCGUCACGCCGGAGUCCGUGGAGACCUCUACAGAAAUGGGUGAAAAAGAGGAGGGAGGAAGCGACUCGUUGGGUCUUCAAGUAGAGGAAACGAGUGCGCUGAUGAGUAGUGAGCUCUCCGAGGAGGACGAGGAGGAGGCGGCGGUAGUGGCAGGGAGUAAGAGCAUCCUACCGUGCUCCGUGUUAGACCAGGCGAGUGUCAUCGCCGAGCGCUUCAUCACUGGCAUGUCCAGGCGGACCAGCCUGGUCUCUGAGGAUAUGGGCUCCCUGGCCUGCUCCUCACCGUUGACCCCCAAUGAAGUCUUUAUAAGCCCCUCCACCUGCACAGACUCUGAAGAGAAGCUUGAAUUGUCGCCCACUGUGUCGCCUCCUGAGCCACAGGUGACCUCUGAGAGUCAUCCGCCUGCGCAUGAAACGGCCCUCGCUGAGGGGGAACGUCGGUCCACCCUUUCUAAACAGGAUCUCCUCCUGAUCCACAAGAUCAGGAGAUACUAUGAACACGCUGAGCACCAAGACGCCAACUUCAGCAUCAAGCGCAGGGAAAGUCUAUCCUACAUUCCAGCAGGUCUGGUCAGUCACCUGAGCCGACAGCUUAACAAUAUUCCGGACCAGCACGCGGUCCCAGUCCACAGGAAAGUCCUCUCCCGGUACAGGCCUACUUCCUGGUCUGUGUUUGACCUUCCGGGCUUAGAAAAGAGUCCCAAUGCAGAUAUUCACCAAAAGGCUGAACCGCAGAGAUCAGAGGGAGUGACGGCUAGAUCCCCUGGCGUCACAGAUUCUUCUACCACAGAUGAAGACUUCCGACCUUCAUCAGAGAUGAUCAAAGUCUGGCAAGACAUGGAGUUGGAGGAGGACGUCCAGCAGACUCAAGAGGAGAAAAAGACACCCUAUGAGUGUUUGGACUCCUCAGAUCGUAAACUCGUAAAGCAACCAUCCCCGAUUCUAGAGGAGAGUGAAACAAGUCCCUCGUCUGAUGAUUCAAAUGUUCCGUCAGAAGAGACGGAGUCCACUCAAGACUCCAAGCAGCUUAAAACCUCUGUGACUCAAGGGAAGAACCUAGUCCAACUGCCCAGGAUCAUUAGCUUCAGAACUAGUGUGGACGAGGACCAGCUCUUACAGGACAUGGGCAAGAUGAAGAACAAGGUGUUCCAACUGGCACGUCAGUAUAGCCAGCGCAUCAAGAAUAACCGACCUAUGGUAUGGCAGAGGAACCGGGAAGCCUCGAGUCAACAAGGGUUCAAGAAUAUGCCUGCUGUCCUCGAGGAGAAAGUCAAGAAAAAAGGUAAACCCAACCUGAGACUGCCCUUGAACACUUGUGAACAGAUGGUCAUCCAUGAGGGGAAUACACCAAGUCCAGACCCAACACAGAGUUCUGCAGGCAGCUCCCGCAGCACAGUAACUGACCCGCAAAGCCCUGAGUUGGAAAACUUCCACUGGCCUGAUGUACAAGAACUGCGCUCCAAAUACAACCCCAGCGGACCCGACACAGACUCCUCAAAUGGGUUGCUGGAAUGCUCUCCGGUCAGGUGCAACGGCUUCUCUCACAAAGACCUAACGCAGUGUCCGGUGGCAAAAGACUGGCCUCAGCCCUGCUCAAAGCUACUGUGCAGGUGGAGCUCUUUGGACCACAUGCUUGGAUCUCUGCCACUCCAUGAAGUGCAGAACCUGCAGGAACCUGUGCGGACCUGCUGUCCCAGCAGUCCGGCAUCUUUGACCGCCGCACAUUGCGGCAUCCUCGCGGAGGGGGACGAGCUCUCGAAGGACGGCUUCCAACGUCCCGGCAAAUCGUCUGCUUUGAGUACAGCCAAGACGUCGGAAAGUAAUCUGGUGAAGAGUUUACGGGAAAAGUUCCAGAGUUUAAGCACCAGCUUGUGAACACAUCAACUGUCAAUAUUUAGCUUUCCUAACAGAGUGAAACUAUGCAGUCUGCAUUGCACUCACUCAAGUGAUGAUUUUGAAGGGAUGUUAGUGGUCCAUGCAAUGUGGGGAAACAAAAAAAAAAAAAAAAGUGUGUUGCUAUAUUUGUACAUUUGGGACUUUUCCGAACUCAUUGGAUGUAAAUGUGUAAAUAGUUCCCUUAUUCGUAUCAUUACCAUUAUGAUAACCUUCUGUUUACUUCUCUCUCACUGUUGAUUAAUACUCUAAUUAUCACUACAGUAUUAAAGCAUAACAAAAAGUGGAUGUGAGAAGAUUACCUCAACUCAGCUGAUCGCACACCAAAGAUUUCUUUUGUUGCCUAUAAAUAUACAAAUCAUGUGACAGGAGUCAUUUGACUAAUUACAGCUGUUUUCAUGCAUCACUGGAGCUUUAGUUUUCUCAAAUGUUCUCUAUUUUUAUUGAAUGAUAUUUAUGAAGCUGUAUUUUGGGGACACCAUUGGCAUGUAAAUAGCUACGGUAUAAACUCCUUUUCUAUUCCAGAAAGACUACUUGAAGUUUGCCAUAUUUGCAACACAAAUCGCAAUGGCAUGGUCACUGAUGUCAUGGACUGAUGCACAUAAUGUAUUCAUGUGAUGUAUAUAGUACACAUCUGAGACUCUUUUUUUUGAGAAGACUGUCUUCAUGAAUAAACCUCAGUUAU